AUGGCACCGUAUGACGACUGGAACAAGAUCGAGGACGAGGACGAUGAAGAGCUCCAAGACUACUCAUUCUACGAUGGAAAGAGGGACGUCAUUCUCUUCUGCAUUGACUGCUCUCCGUCCAUGCUCGAGUUGCGAGAAGACCCGCGCUACGAAGAUGUGCAGACCUGCAACCUCAUGAUUGCUCUUGAAGCGGCGAUGCAAAUACAGAAGCGGAAGGUUCUCGUAGGCCCGAGCGACUCCGUAGGGAUCAUGCUCUUCAACACGACAAAGCGGAAUGAGAGCGGGACUGUUGGUGCAGAUAUUAAGAAGGGCACCUUUGUGUAUCAGCCGCUAGCCACCAUCGACGUGCCGAAAGUGGCGCAGCUGUUGCAGUUGUUGGAUGAGGCACGAGAGAAUCCUGGGGUGCUGCGAGAAGAGUUCCCGCCCAUGAAGGAUAAACGAAUACCAGUUGGGGACGUUUUCACAAGCUGCAAUUGGGUCAUGCGCGACGGUGCUCCGAAGACUGCGACGAAGCGUGUCUUCUUCAUCACGGACGAGGACAACCCGCACCCCGGCGCAGCAAUCAGUCGCUUGAUGACGUCCGCGCGAACGACAUUGAUUGAUCUCGUGCAAGCUGGAGUGACAGUCGAGCCAUUCUUCAUCAGCGCUGAUGAGAAACCGUUCGACCCAUCGAGGUUCUAUUCGUCCGUUCUCCUACCGACCAAUAUAACCGAUUCGGAUGACAUAGGCGAUAAUGACGGCAGUUCCAUACUCCCCGAAUCAAUAUCCAUCGGUCGAAUAGACGAACUGCUUGCGCAGAUGCGUUUCCACGAAGUGCCAAAGAGGGCCGCAUUCAGUGUCCCGUUCCAGCUUGCACCCGAUUUCGUCAUUGGAGUGAAAGGGUAUGGCUUGAUCACUGAACAAAAGAAGGGGGCAUACCGGUACUUCGCCGAAACCGAUGCAGGAGUGGAAGUCGUGGAGUCUCGCACGUCUUACGUAGACGAGGAGCAGGAAGAGGAGGUAGACAAAGGCCAGAUACUGUAUGGGAUGGACCUCGGUGCUCCGUCGGCGGAGGCUGGUGACGAGGAGGGUGAUGCAAAGGGGGUUGACGCAGGAACCCGCUCGGUAGCGUUUGGCUAUCGGGUGUUCUACACGGCAGAGGAAGUCCGUGCUUUCCGGACGCUUGGGCUGGAACCAGGCAUCAAGCUUCUAGGAUUCAAGGGCCGGAAGGAGCUUGCCUUCGAAGACAACAUUAAACACUCGUUUUUUAUCUAUCCCGACGAGAUGACAUUUUCCGGGAGCAAGCGCACAUUUACGGCACUCCUCCGAACGAUGAUCAGCAAGAAGAAGAUCGCAAUCGUCCUCGCCCUCACCCGGCGCAACUCAUCUCCUAUUUUUUGCGCAAUGCUCCCGCAGGAAGAGAAGGUAGACGAGAGCGGGUGGCGCGAGCCCCCCGGCUUCCACCUCAUCCCGCUGCCCUUCGCCGACGACAUCCGGGCCGCGCCAGUGGAGAGAGCCUUCCGCGCAUCUGACGAACUUAAAGAGGCUGCCCGGAAGUGGAUAGACAAGCUUAACGUCAAGAAUGGAUCGUAUCCACCCGAUUCGUAUCCAAACCCUGCUCUUGCGUAUCACAAUGCCCAGCUCGAAGCGCAAGCCUUCCGCGAAGACUUCGACGCCGAAGCAUUCGAGGACCUGACAGAGCCGAAGUACGACAUGAUACACAAGCGGGCAGGCCAGCUGAUCAAGGCGUGGAAAGAAGAGUUGCGCGAGGAUGAAUCGGCAAAUAUCGUCUCCGCCCCUCUCGCGGGUUCAAAGCGGAAAGCGGACGUCAGCGUGGACGAGGCCGAAGUUCGCAGCAAAUACGAGGCGGGGGCGCUUGCCAAGCUCCGUGUCGACCAGCUCAAGGAAUUCCUCAAGUCCAAGGGCGAGGCCGUCUCUGGGAAGAAGGCCGACCUGAUCGACCGUGUCUGCGAAUGGCUAGACAGCCAUGGCUGAACGUUCACUGUCGACCACCCAACGGCCGCUUCUUGUCGUCAGUCAUGGUCAGAUGAACGGGGCCUGGCAGCUACGGCAUGGAGUAUUCUUGCACGCCCGUGCGACGUCCAAUUUCAAUUACCCAGAGCCCCGGACCCCAGCUCGCGCCGUUCUCGCGAUUGUCGUGGUUUUCGAACACCCACCGCCCUUGCCUUUCCAGAAGUCGGCGUUCCCGCACAGGCGCCUGGUGCCUGGAUACUAUGGCCACAAUGUGCCAUACCGCUCCCUCGCCCAGGGCACGGCUCUCGUAGUCUCUCGGUGCCGGCGAUGCUUUAAUAUACACGUACUCUAUCUUGCUUCCCACAUGUACGCUCCCACGAGUCUUAUUGUUCUCAUCCCGACAUUUCUUC